AUGGAUUUGAGAUUUGCAAUUGUUUUUCUUCUUGUUCUGGGUGUUGCUUGUGGUUGUGAGGCUAGAAACUUGGCGUCAUUUGGUAAUUCUUUCGGCGUACUUUUGAUGAUUCUUUUUGUUGUUUACGAUUGGCGAAAACCCAGAGUGAGAUUAUUGGUCUUCUCCGGCAAACAUGCGCGUGUGGCGGGCGUGUUCAAGGAAGAGUGCAUCAGUCUGGUGGACAGCUAUGUGCCUCUCUUCUUCUCGAAGAUUUCCUCAAUUGAACCUUCUAGCAUCUGCCAAUCAGCCCACAUCUGUGAGCAAGUUACUAUAAUCUCCUCGCUGUUUCAGGACCAUAACUGUGAAUUCUGUCAUCAGACUAUUUCAAAAAUAUUGGAUAAGUUGAAAGAUCCUGACACACAGAUAGAGAUACUUCAGACGCUUCUGAAUAUGUGUGACUCUAUUAAUUACCGCGUGAAAGAGUGCAAGAAAUUGGUAUUUGAAUAUGGGCCUCUGAUCCUUGCCAACUCGGAGAAAAUUCUGGAACAAACAGAUAUUGGCAAAGCAAUACACGCUUGUCCAGCCAAACCUCUUGGUGACAACGCUGUAUCAUCUGUUGGAACUGUGCCUUCGCUUGCCGACGCCUGAAUUCGCGUGCCAGACAUGAUGGGGGGAUCUACAUAUUGUGUAUGAAGGAAAAUGGGUAAAGACAAUGACUUUUUGAUUGCCCCCCUGUCUGUUUACGAAUCUGAUAUGAUUCACAUCUGUCCAUGGUGGUCUGUGUAAACAUGUACAUUGAUAUGUGGAUAUAUAUGAUUGGCUGUUGCAUUGUCGAGUAAAUAAUUAAAGAUGCUUUGUUGGUAAAGCUGUUCAAUUUGAAUUUUUGAUGUAGACUUUGCUUGAGAUGGAACUUGGAACUAUUGUUGAUAAUGCUCUGCUUAAAUUAGAAAUUAAUGUUCUUUUGCUUUUA